AGUCGGCGCUAACUGGAGGCCCAGCGCAGGGAAAGGACUUUUACUUUCAGAGCGGAUGGAACGUUGAGGAGCCUUUGAUCGGGGGCGCCGGAUCGAACGUUGGGGCCUUUUGAUUCUCGCCCGCUCGCUCCCUUUUUUUUCUUUUCUUUUUUUCCUUCUUCUCUGGCUACAUUUUGUGGCCAUUUCCGUUCGCUACGUUGGGAAGCCGCCGCCGCCGCCUCGGCUGCCGCCGGGAGAACAAUAGGAGAGGCAGGAAAGGGGGAACCGGGGCGCUGCGGGCUUACCCCCCACCCCCGGCUGCGCCCCGGAUCGUUCCAGCUGCUGGUUUCAGCUUUCGUUGGAUGUCCUCCCCACCCCCCACCCCUCCAUCCACGACGCUGAGCAGGACCGGGUCUGCUGAAUCGGUGGGAAUAUGAACCAGCAGCAGAGAAUGGCCGCGGCAGGAACAGACAAAGAACUGAGUGACCUCCUUGACUUCAGCAUGAUGUUCCCCUUGCCCGUGGCCAACGGCAAAAACAGACCCACGACGCUUGCGAGCACGCAGUUUGGAGGAUCAGGUUUGGACGAGAGGCCGGCUUCAGGUUCCUGGGGGACGGGAGAUCAAAACAGCUCCACGUUUGACCAAGUCCGGCAGGGCUAUGGCGAAGGCUCGCAUUAUGGGGAACACAGGGACCUCCCAACUCACAACAGCAUAUCUUCAUCACCAUUCCUGGGGUCUGGCAUCGUAGGGAAAGGUACCGAAAGAAGCUCCUACACGUUUGGGAGAGACGCAGGCAUGCCGGCCCUCAAUCAGGCUGGCUUUCUUCCGAGUGAAAUAGGGAUUUCGAGUCCCAGCGCACUCUCCCCGACGGGGGUGAAGGGCAGCUCUCAGUACUACCCAUUUCCCAACAACCCUCGUAGGAGAGGAGCAGACAGCAGUAUAGAUGGCCAGCCUAAGAAGGUCCGAAAGGUGCCCCCGGGACUCCCCUCCUCGGUGUAUCCACCCAACUCAGGUGAUGACUACAGCAGGGAACCAGCUGGCUACGCUCCUUCCAAGCCCCCCAGCACUGUUUACCCUGGAGCCUUCUACAUGCCAGACGGACUGCACAAUUCGACCGACCUGUGGAGUUCUUCGGGCACCAUGGGCCAGUCCAAUUACGGAUCCAUUUUGGGUGCCUCCUCUUCCCCCCUCCCGCAGUCUGGCAACUUCAGUGGUCUUCACCAGCACGAACGGAUGAACUAUCAGAUGCAUUCAGGAGAAGUGAAUGGAGGGCUCCCAUCCGUCUCCGGGUUUUCCUCAGCCUCUGCCCAGUAUGGAGUGUCAAGCCACACGCCUCCAAUUGGGGGGACCGAAAGUGUGAUGGGUAACAGAGGAACCACCGCUGGUAGUUCAGGGGACGCUCUCGGAAAAGCACUGGCUUCGAUUUACUCCCCAGAUCACUCUAGCAAUAAUUUCUCUUCGAAUCCAUCCACACCGGUGGGUUCCCCUCAGGGAAUAACAGGUUCUUCGCAGUGGCCCCGAUCAGGCGGACAGGGUGCCUUAUCCCCGAGUUACGAAGGGACCCUCCAUACUUUGCAAAACAAAAUGGAAGACCACUUGGACGAAGCGAUCCACGUCUUGAGGAGCCACGCCGUGGGCCAGAGCAACCACGGAGACAUACACGGCUUGCUAGCUUCCACAUCUGGGCACAGCACCUCGGUGGGCGGCCUCAACCAAGCUUUCCCCCCUGCCUCGGUCUUGCCAAUUGCCAGUCGGCACUCAAAUUUGGUCGGAGGAGGUCACCCCGAAGACAGCCUCCCCAGCAAUCCCAGUCUACUCCACAACCAUGUUGCUCUCCCGGCGCAGGGCAGCUCACUCCCUGACCUUAACAGAGGACAGUCGGAUGCCUUUAGUGGCUUGACGGGGAGCUUGGGGCGAGCCAGCGUUUCGUCGGGAACGAGCGAGAUCAAGCGGGAAGAUAAGGAGGAUGACGAGAACACGUCCGUGGCGGACAACUCGGAGGAAGAGAAGAAGGAGCUCAAGCCGUCCCGGAACAGAACAAGGUGCUCACUGAACAGUCAAGAUGAGGAUGAGGAAGACGACCUUCUUCCCCCAGAGCAAAAAGCCGAGCGAGAGAAAGAGAGGCGGGUCGCCAAUAAUGCCCGCGAGCGCCUGCGGGUCCGCGACAUCAACGAGGCCUUUAAAGAGCUUGGGCGUAUGUGCCAGCUUCACCUUAACAGCGAAAAACCUCAGACCAAACUGCUAAUUCUCCACCAGGCCGUGUCGGUUAUUCUGAACCUGGAACAACAAGUUAGAGAACGCAAUCUGAACCCCAAGGCAGCCUGCUUGAAACGCCGCGAAGAGGAGAAGGUGUCAGGUGUAGUGGGUGACCCCCAGAUGGCGCUCUCGGCAUCCCAUCCAGGUCUAGGAGAUGGGCACAACCCUGUGGGACAUAUGUAAAGAGGAUUCUUUUCUUCUUCUGGGAGCAGCCGUCUGUAGGAAGAAGGGAAGGCCGUGUCCCGCCCCUGCCCCAUGGUCCACACCAGAAACUGUAGCCCUGUUAAAUACUGACGUACGGCAAUGGAUCUUCAGCACGUUCGAAGGGACUUUUUUUAAAAGUGGGAAAGGAAGGAUGGAAGACAAGGAAAGGAGCAACUUUAUCAAAAACC